AAAAAGGUUAAAAAAAUUGAGGUUGAAAUUCCAAAGAUAGUAGGAAGGGAAAGUAAGGAAGAAAAUGGAAAAGGGUAUUAUCAAAAAACUGUUCUUUUGCUAAACAAAGCAUUGGAACAACGAUCAGAAGAGCAGCUAUGGAUUGCUGUUCUCUCUAACCUAACCUUUUUGCUACUCACUGGGUUGGGUUCCAAUCUCCUUCGUUUCCCAUCUUCUCUAUCCUUCUCUUUCUUCCUUUGUCUCUCUGUUUCUUUCUUCUAAUUACAGGCGCAGCUGGGUUUUCUCUUCGACAGCUUAAAUCCACAUCCAUGUCUUCUUUUAAUAUGUAAUCCCCAAUUUCCCCCCCUUCUCUUUAAUCUUACUUCCUCACAUGCUUCUUUCGUUGGAGAUUGAUGUGGGUCAAUAGAUCAUACCCAGAUCUUGUUCUAUCUUGAUCCACUUGCUUAUCUUCUCCACCUUAAUAAAGUGAAGGAGAAUAGAGGCGGCGGGGUGAGACGAAGAGAGCGAGGUUGUUCGUUGUUCCAUGUAAAAGGAGCUGUAUCUGCUUUGAAGCAACUAGAGAAUUAGUGAGUGUUUUGAAGUGAACAAGGAAAAUCUUUUGUUUUUCCAUUGAAGUCAUGAUUAAACAAAUACUUAAUAGGCUUCCACGAAAACCUUCGAAGUCAACUGAGCAUCGUGAAGGAGCAGGGACCACUGUCUCUUCUUCGAAUGCCUCUACAAGUUUGAGGAGCAAUGAUUUAACAGCUAACCACCACGCCAACACUGGAACUGGAUCUUUUUCUGGCCCCAAUUCUACUUUGAGCGCUGGACUAAAUCAUGGCAGUAAGCCAUCUCAAGGGCUCAAUUCAAAGUCAAAUGGUAACUCACAAGCUUCUUAUGAGGCACUGCCAGGUUUCAAAGAUGUCCCGAAUUCUGAGAAGCAGAGUUUGUUCAUUAGAAAGCUGAACAUGUGUUGUGUGGUGUUUGACUUCACUGACCCAUCAAAGAAUCUCAAAGAAAAAGAUAUCAAACGACAAACACUAAUAGAGCUCGUUGAUUAUGUUGCAUCUGCCAAUGGAAAGCUGUCAGAAAAUGUUAUACAAGAAAUUGUAAAGAUGGUGUCCUCAAAUUUAUUUAGAACACCUACCAUUCCAUCAAGAGAUAACAAAGCAUUAGAAGCCUUUGAUCUUGAAGAAGAGGAGCCCUCAAUGGACCCUGCAUGGCCACACUUACAAGUUGUUUAUGAGUUUCUUCUCAGGUUUGUGGCAUCACCUGAAACAGAUGCAAAGUUGGCAAAGAGGUACAUUGAUCACUCUUUUGUUCUUAGACUGUUAGAUCUUUUUGAUUCGGAGGACCCCAGAGAGAGGGAUUACUUGAAAACAGUUCUGCACCGCAUCUAUGGGAAAUUUAUGGUGCACAGACCAUUCAUCAGGAAAUCAAUCAACAACAUUUUCUAUCGAUUUGUUUUUGAGACUGAGAAACAUAAUGGGAUUGCAGAGCUCUUAGAGAUUUUGGGAAGUAUAAUCAAUGGAUUUGCUCUCCCUCUAAAAGAAGAGCAUAAACUCUUUCUGGUUCGAGCACUUAUUCCUCUUCACAAGCCUAAAUGCAUACCCAUGUAUCACCAACAGUUAUCUUACUGUAUAACACAAUUUGUGGAGAAAGAUUGCAAGCUUGCUGAUACAAUCAUAAGGGGCUUACUGAAAUAUUGGCCAAUUACAAAUAGUUCUAAGGAGGUGAUGUUCUUAGGUGAACUUGAAGAAGUGUUGGAAGCAACUCAGCCUGCUGAGUUUCAGCGUUGCAUGGUACCCUUGUUUCGCCAGAUUGGACGUUGCUUAAGCAGUUCACAUUUUCAGGUAGCUGAAAGGACUCUGUUUUUGUGGAACAAUAAUCACAUCGAGAACCUAAUCAAACAGAACCGCAAAGUCAUUUUGCCAAUUAUAUUUCCUGCACUGGAGAGAAAUUCAAGAAACCACUGGAACCAGGCUGUACAAAACUUGACACAAAAUGUCCGGAAGAUCUUCUCCGAUGCUGACGCUGAGCUGUUUGAGGAGUGUUUGCUCAAAUUUCAAGAAGAGGAGACACAAGAGAAGGAUCUGAAAUCUAAGCGUGAGGCGAAGUGGAAACGCUUAGAAGAGAUAGCUGCCAUGAAAGCUUCAAGUAACGAAGCGGUCCUCAUCACUCCCAAAGUAGCCUUACGAGCACCAUCUGGCUAGCUAACAAGAUAUCUUCAAAUGGGUGUUGAGCAGAUUUGAUAUUCCAAUUGGUAUGUGGGCAUAAAUCACCUCACCAUAUGAUCAAAGCAGCAGCAGCAGCAGCAUUUAAUUUCGUGGUCACAUUUUGAACAAAUUGGAUUGAGGUGCAGUCGAGGAAGUUGACAUUGCUGCUGCAAUGCAUUUCAUGAAAAAGCUCAAAUUUCUAUUUUGCAUGCAUUUUCUCUGUGUAUAUGUGAUUGGGAGAGAAGGAUUCGGGUCUACCGAGCCGGGUAUCCUUGGGAAAUUCCUCUUUUGUUGUUGAAUGGGUGAAAAGCAAGAACGAAGUUCAAUUUUUUCAUAAUUGUGCUCAUCAGUAUCUGGAUGAUGGUCCCUUGUAGUUUCCUGCUUCUGUAAUUGAAGGUUUUUUCUUUUCUUUUUGUGUC